UCUGUUUGUUUCUGGAGAUUUGACAGGUUUAUUGCUGACUGCUCACCAAUUACCUAGCAUGGUUAGGUGUCACAAUUGGUCAUUACUCGAUAGUCGAAGACGAGGCCCUGCAUGGAUGAUGAUCCCUCUUGCGGUCUGGAUCCUCCAGUUCAGGGCUGGGUUUUAAAACUCCGAUGACCCCCCAUCUCCCUAGGAUUUUUUCCUCCCUUGCGCAAUUCCUCCUGCUGGCAGUGAUAGGAUUUAUUUCGUCUCUCCAUUUUUUUUGCCAAAUUUGUUGCAUUGUUUGGUGAUUGAUUGUGUUCAGGAAGCCAAUCUCGCCAACAUGGGCUCCCUAGAUGAGAAACCCGCACACGUGGAAGAGUCCCCCAACGACGUCGAGAGAUGUUCCACCUCGUACGAGUAUCCCGCCAAAUCCAAGCUCGACCAGUUUGAGGACCCCGAUGCGGGAUUGAGUGCGGAGGAGCGCGCCAAGAUCGACCGCGCCUUGCUAUGGAAGCUCGACAUGAAACUCGUCCCUUGGCUCAGUCUCCUCUAUCUGAUUUCGUUCCUCGAUCGAACGAACAUCGGAAAUGCGAAGCUGGCGAACUUGCAGGAGGACCUCAACAUGUCAGACAACCAGUACAAUAAUGCGUUGACUAUCUUCUUCGUCUCGUACUCCGUCUUCGAGCCCUUGACCAAUGUCUUGCUGAAGCGGAUGCGGCCGAGCGUCUUUAUCCCGAUCAUCAUGGUGCUAUGGGGCAUCAGCAUGGCGUGCAUGGGUCUCGUGCAUAACUACGGCGGGCUCAUGACGGUGCGCUGGUUCCUCGGCCUGACCGAAGCCGGCCUCUUCCCCGGUAUUGGAUACUUCCUGUCCUGCUGGUACAAACGGUCCGAGUUCGGCGUGCGCAUGGCCAUCUUCUUCUCGGCCGCAGCACUAGCCGGCUCCUUCGGCGGCCUCCUCGCGGCAGCCAUCGCCAAGAUGGACGGCAUCGGCGGCAAGGCCGGCUGGUCGUGGAUCUUCAUCAUCGAAGGCCUAGCCACCAUCGUGGUCGGCAUCGCCUCCUUCUGGAUGGUAUACGACUUCCCCGACGAAGCCAAGUUCCUAUCCGACGCCGACCGCAAGCGGGUCCUGCGCCGUCUCGCCGAAGACCAGCAGGCGAGCGCCGAGCACGAGCAGUUCAAGAUGGCCUACUUCUGGGCCAGUCUCAAGGACUGGAAGACGUACACGGGGGCGAUCAUCUACAUGGGCGCCGACGGCUGCCUGUACGCCUUCUCGCUGUUCGUGCCGACCAUCAUCGCGCAACUGGGCUACAGCUCAUUCGAGGCGCAGCUCAUGAGCGUGCCUCCCUACGCGGCCGCCGCCGUCGUGACGGUCGCGAUCGGCUUCGUCGCCGAUAAGACGCGCCAGCGCGGCCUCUGCAACAUCUUCAUCUCCAUCCUGGCGAUCGUGGGAUUCGCGCUGCUCCUCGGCGCGGAGUCCCCGGGCGCGCGCUACGCAGGGACAUUCCUAGGUGCGAUGGGCAUCUACCCUUGCGUGGCAAACACGAUCUCCUGGGCGAGUAACAACACCGAAGGCGUCUACAAACGCGGUGUCACCAUCGGCUUCGUCAUCGGCUGGGGCAACCUCAACGGAAUCGUCUCGUCCAACAUCUACCGCGGGCCCGACAAGCCCCACUUUUACCCCGGUCACGGCACCGUGCUCGCCUACCUGGUUCUCUUCCUGUUCGGCGGGUCCAUCCUGCAGUAUUUCCUGCUGCGGCGGGAGAACGCCAAGCGUCGUCGUGGAGAGCGCGAUCACUGGGUGGAGGGGCUGGACGAGACCGAGAUCCGCAUGUUGGGCGAUAUGCGGCCGGAUUUUAUAUACACUCUGUAGUUAUCAACCUUACAAUAUGAAUGACACGUAUACAUAUAC